AUGUUCGUCGUGCUGAGGGCAAACGAAGAUAAACUCUACCAGAUGCGCCACUGCCGCGUCCUAGACUUCGAGGACAAGGCGGGCAAUGCGCUUCUGAGUUCAUCAAUACUCCCGGCGGGCGAGAUCCAUCCAUGGCUGGUCUUCGCGCAAGUCCACACUGUCCGGCUCUUCUGUUGGGCGAAGGUGUCGUACUUUCCGAUCAACAUUCCCCGAGUCGUCGUUCCGCAGGGGCACCGUCUGGAAUUCACCCCAGUCUCUCCUCGUCGGCGAUCGAAGAUUGUGAUGCUCUUGCAAGGCUGCUGGCCGGAGGACACCUACAAUCUGCUGUGGAGGGAAGCAGUCGGAUCUCUCGUUCUCCUCUUCAGACCUGACGACACUGUGCCUAUUGCACCCACCCCCUCAUCAGGCUCCGUCGACGCAAGCCCUUUGCUCGAUAUCCCAGAAGGUCUGAAAUACCUCCUCAGCAUCCUCUGCACAGCGCAUUUCACCCACGUCAAGGUAAUUGUCGUCAACGCCGAAAGCGUGUACCUUCCUCCCAGCCACCGUGGGACGGGACAAACAGUCCGCGACCUCCUCGAACGCUGCAAAGCGACGACAGACUUCGCCACGAGGCUCCGCCUUACGAACGCUCCCUUCAGCUUCUUGACUCUUGAAGAGUACCGCUCCUCGAUUGGGGAGCACGAGUUUGCAAUCGAGACGGAGCGCGGAUAUGUGAGCAUGUGA